AUGUCAAUAAAUUUGGACGAGUUUAAGUAAACUAAGAGAGAGCUAAAGUCAACAUCGAAUGAACUCUCUGAUAUGUUUGAUGCAAUUGAAGAAGAAAAAAAUAUAGAUAAAAAGGUACAAUCAUUGGCAGAGCUUAGAAUGAUGGUUGGCAAGGCAGAAAAAUUAUUGAUACAAUUAGAAACAUAAUGGGAAAAUCUGAGCUCAUCAAAUAAGGGAGCUUAUAAGUCAAAGAUGACAAAUCUAAGGUCUGAGUAUGAGUAAUCGAGAUUGAAGUAUAAGAAAAUAGAGUCGUAAACAGGGUCUUAACAGAAUAAAAACAUAUUGGCUAACAAAAAAUCAGAUUAUGAUCAAAGAGAAGAAGAAAUUAGAUAAAGGCUGUUGAAUGGAGUCGGAGAACUAUACACUCAAGAAGCUUAACUUGAGAAUACAAAAAAGAUGGGGACUGAAACAGCUUAAAUUCUGAGAGUAGCGAAUAAAGAUCUAAGAGAUUAGAGAGAUAUUCUUAUUAAUGUAGACGAAAAGAAUCAGCAAAUUAGACAAGAUCUAGUAGCUGGAGAUAAGAUUGUUGUAUCAAUGACUAGAAGAGAGUACAUUUACAGGAUUGCAAUUCACAUAACAAUUGUUCUUCUUUUAAUGGCAAUAAUAGCUCUACUUAUUAGAAAGCUUGUAAAAUGA